CUACUGUACACCUCCUCCGCCAACCACCACUCCAUCCCGUUUGCGCUCCAUCAUGUCUGCCGUCAACUGGAACCAGAUCUUCAGGUCACUGAACCUUGGCAAGAACACCUCUGCUUCCCUGCAGGCCUUCCGCAAGAGGUCCGAGGAUGCUCGCCGAGCCCUAGCUGUGCUCAAGGAGCAGAAGACGGACGUGGACUUCCAACACUACCGCUCCGUUCUCAAGAAUGACGAAGUUGUCUCCCAGGCCGAGAAGAUCCUCAAGGACUUCAAGCCAGUGACGUACGACGUGUCUGCUCAGAUCAAGGCCAUCGACGCCUUUGGCAGCAAGGCUUCCGAGCAAGCCAAGGCUACUGAGGACAAGAUUGCUUCCGAGCUCAAGGACCUCAAGUCUACCCUGGACAACAUCAAGUCUGCCCGCCCCUUCGAGCAGCUGACCGUCGACGAGAUCAUUGCUGCCCGCCCAGAAAUCAAGAAGACGGUGGAGGAGAUGGUCAAGAAGGGAAAGUGGACUGUGCCAGGCUACGAGGAGAAGUUCGGAAACCUCUCCGUUCUCUAAGCGACUCGCUAAUGUGUGUAGGAGUGAGGG